UCAGUUAACACGGUAACAAACACGAACACAAGUUGGACACCUGUGGUCUGGCAUGCUGCUGUAAGAGACGUUUUUAUCUGAGUUGUAAAGUUUUUAAAGUACAUGAAUGAGCUGUGAGGGUGGGAGCGCUGACUCUGCUGACCGCCUCUUCUCGUCUUUCUCUUCUCUCGUCGUGUCGACGUAAACCUCGACACAAUCAGGAAGUCCGGGGACUUUUUUACACACCGAAAACUUGAAUGGAGAGUGGAUCCGACACUUUGUAACGAACAAACAAUGAGGAGACGCAUUUGUUAACGCUUAGAGGUGUUUUAUUUAUGUAGUUUGUUCACCUUAUUGCGUGCGCGUCUUGUCUUAUUCGUCGUUAAUUACCCCGGAACACCUGGAUUUUCACUUUGCGGGGUUAAGGUGAUGGAUGUUCCUCAUCUCACUGAAGAUGACAUGGCCGAGAUUAAAAAGGAUGUGCUGACCCGACUGCGGCACUACCUCUGCGACAAGAUCAGAGCCGAGCGCCACCUGGACUACCUGCGCUCUCGCAGGAUCCUGACACGGGAUGACGCAGAGGAGAUCAGCUGCAGGAGCACGCAGACCAAGAGGACGGCCAUGUUGCUGGACAUGCUUGCCGAGAACCCCCGAGGCCUGGACGCCUUGACCGACUCCAUAAGGGAGAUGCGCUCCCAAAACUUUAUCAUCACCAAAAUCACAGACGAGGUGCAAAGGGCCAAAAAUGAGAAGCUGGAGUCUCUCAGAGCAGGGGCAUCCAGUUCCUCAUCUGAAAGCAACCUCAGCACACCGACCAUAUCCAGCGACCUCUCGUCGACGUUUUCAAACAACUCCACCUUGCUCUUCCACCCGGACGGAGAGCAGAGCCCUUCAACUUCAGACGUAGCAGGCUCGCUCAACCUGCCAUCGUUACAGCCCUCCGGAUCUGGUGCUAGCAUCGCCGUAGCUUCUUCUACAACCUCCUCCAGCCUCCUGAGGCCCGGAGACCCGGGUGCUCCUCCGCUGCCUGAUGAGGUUCUGGUCGAAUCCCCCUCCAACUUAGAUGCGGGAGCGUCGGGGUGCACCAGCAGCGGGGGGGACCCAAACUUCCAGCCGCUCCGGUCACGCUCGCUCACUCCAACAUCACAUAGGAGCAUCUUCUAAGUUCACAUCUCAAUAGGACUGUUGUCAUGCAGUUAAAGAGACAAAUCAGCUGAAUCCUCGGACACUCGACUCAUAUACAACACUCUCUCACUCUCUUCGGUGUUGCUCUUGCCUUUUAAUUAGGCAAUUACUAAAAAAAAUGCUAUACAUGGGAUAUACUACUACUAUACCGAUCAGCUUUUUACAAGAGCAAAAAGGGCAUUUGUUACUUGGGCUGUGGUAUUGUUUGUACGCUUUUCAUACUUGGUGUCAAACUGAAAUGAGGGCCUGUUUGAUACUUACUCAUUACUUUCCGAUGCUCAUGCUUCAAACACCUUUUGGUGUUGUGAGGUUCGAUACCCGUGUCAAGAUGUUAGGAGUCAAGAAAAUGUGACUCACCCACUCCUCUUCUUUUGUCUGGAGGUGUGAUUUCCUGAUAAAACUGUGUAGCGUGACAACAUGAAAGUUUUUUAUACACUGGAGUGACUACACGAUAGGUGUGUAAGUCUGAUCUCAUGAGAAGGUGCCUUUUGUUGUAGCUCCAAAACGAUUGCUGUCCACUCCAUCCUGCGCAGCAUUAAACUAACGAGCUGUUGCUUUACAUUUUCGUCACUACACGAGUCUUAAAUCUCAGAGCAUGUUGUGAAAUUCAGUCAGUGUCUUGCUUAUUACUUCAUUCACUGCUUAUGUACUAUGUAACUAUUGCUUACUAAAGGUUUUCUGUAUGAAUUCAA